GGAAUAUAUCAUAUUUUCGUUGAGAUGGUAAACAAGGCCAAGACAAUGUUCAGUAAUAUAAUUUGAUUGUCAGUAUUCGGCUUGCGUUUUGUAUUUACUCAGAUUACAGUGAUCGUUUGAACAACAGUGCCUGUAAAUAUGAGCAGUCCCAGCUGGCCAAACAGAACUAUGGAUAUCAAACCGUUUAUUACUCAGUACACAUCGGACGAGUCUGAUAGGUUACAGCUGAGGGCACACAAUGGAAUCCGCAGCAAUAAAUAUCAGCCUGUGGAUUAUGACAAACUUAAACUUAUGGCUGCUGAGAAGAAAUUCGCAGCACAGAAAAGCUUGCUAAAAGUGAAGAAAAUUGAACAAAUGUCCAAACAAAGCAAGGAGAAUCUGUUGCUGAAGCAACACAAACUAAUUUGGCAAAAGGAAUUUAUGAGGCUGAACUAUCUGAGAAAACGAAUUCAGGCGGAAGUGGAGAGUCACCGCCGACAGAAUGCUACAGAAGGCAGUGGAUGCUGCCGAAUGUAUGAACACUUUGACUUGUACGAAUCGUCUCUGGAUGAAGAGUUUGCCAAGUUUAAGCUUAAUACGUGUGAGCCAAUAUGGAAUUUACGGGAGGACUUGCAGUUUUGGAUUCAAGACAACCAUGAGGGGAUCAGGCUUGGGGAUCCAGAUGUGGUGGACAAGCAUGCUGAAAUCCGACAAACCAUUAAUCAGGUCAAAGGUCAACAAAACAGCAUACUGCAACAGUUGUAUAAUGAGCAAAAGUGUCUGGAAGGGGAAUUACAGUCGGGAUUUCUGUGGGAUAUAACGCAUGGGACAUCUGAGACCCCACAUAUAGACUUUGCCGAGGGGAUUCCUGCUGAGGCAUUUGACCUUGAAUGUUCAGACGAUGAGCUCAAGAUCACUGUGUUACAGGAAUUUAUCAUCAUUGAUGAAAAAUUUCGAGAGAGACUGUACUUCCUAGAAGAUGAACAUUCCAAAAUUCUUAGUAGAGGACUGCAUGGUGGCUGGAGUGAGGAAGACCAUUUUUGUUUUUUAGUGAAUUACGAUCAGUAUCCUAGGGAUCUCAAUAACAGAAGGAAGCUUAUUCUGGACAGACUGAGGCGACACCUCCCUCACAAAGCCAGGCAUGAGCUGGUUGCUCAUGAGGAAUGGUGCGAGGCAAACAAAUACUUCCAUGAACGCAAGAGGGCGCUGGUGGUGGCCUGGAGGAAAGGUCGCAGUGAACUUAUGAACAAGGCCCGCAGUACCUUCAUAGAAGUGGAAAUCGCUAAAGAGCUGGCGGAGGUCAAGGCCGAGUACAGCAGGGAACAGAAGAAAAUCAGAGAGGAACUGUACCAGAAGGUAAGAAAGUGGAGGGAACAGAAGUUAGAAGCCAUGAUGUUACAACAAAAGAUCGAUGAGAGAAAUCGAGAAGAAGCACUGGAACAACACAGGCUUGAAGAAGAGAGAGAGAAGAAAAGACGGACCCAUGAAAAGGAGCAGAUUCAAAAGUUUAUUGAUGAAAAAGCAGAAAAAAGAAGACAACAGGCUAUCCGUGAUCAGGAGAGAAUGGAGGAACUGAGAAGACUGAUGGAAGAACAGAUGGUGGUCGACAAGGAAAGAGUUGAGUAUCGUAAAGAGCAGUUGGACAUGAAAAUAGAAGAAAGAAAGGUGAAAGAAGAAAAGAAAGCUGAGGAAGAAAUAGAGAAGGAGAGAAGACUGGAGGCCCUGAGGGAACAAGUGCGAGUUAUUGCAGAAUUUGACCCAGUGAGAAUGAUGCAAGACACAAAGGCGUGGCAAGCCAAAAACAGCAAUAAUGAAGAGGAUGAAGAAAUUAACAUCCAAAAGCCUUUGUUUGAAAUUAACACCUUUAAUUCUAAACAGAUUACCACAGAUCCUCGUAUGCGUCUGGAAGCCAAGCUUAGAGAGGCGGGUCUUCAUACCUCACCGUAUGCGCGACAGGUGCUCGCUGCAGCGCCCCCUCCACAACCACCAAGGAGGGACAUGGAGUCCACAGUCUUCAAAUAUGACUGAACAUGGAGAAGUUGAAGGAUGACUUUGAGUGAAGAGCUUAAACGUUUUAGAGAGCUACUGAUCCAGCAGAUACAAAGCUGCUUGGAUGUUGUGCAUAAAAUUUUACAAGAACAUGUACAUUGCAUAAUUAUAAGAAUUAUGUUUUUAAUAGAAAAUGAUCAGCCUUAAGCUUUCUUAAUGGUAUUGAACAGAUAAAAUUACCAUUGUCAUUUGUGGACUGUCUGCUGACAAGUGUUGCUGUGGACAAAACAAUAAAGACUCAAUUAAAAUCAU